GCCUUGGAGACUUCAAAGCGGGCGAAAAAGUACGGACUACCGGCCGUACCUCAGGCCUGAUCGGCCAGGCGAAAGGCGGACAGCAGCUGCUCAUGGAGAUGGGCUUGUGGGACGUUCCUGGCCAGGCUCCCAUUCGGGUUCUCAAGUGCAACGCGUGCAAAGAGGAAAGGAAGGCAAUAAAGGCAGCAAUAACUGCGUUCAACCGCGGCGGAGAGGCACGGCAGCAGGCGUUGGAUGAUGCUGCGCGCGAAGACCAGGACGGUGGAGGAGACGGUGCCUCGCCAGAGGAGGGGACAGAAGGCGGGGCGGCUGGCAACCGUGUCGGCACAAGGCGUCGCUGCUGCAUUAGGAAAGUUUUUGCAGAGCUCAAGGCGUUCAAGAUGGAGCUCAACAAGAUCGAAAAGAUGUUCAAGAAAGCGGGGCACAUCUGCAUAUUCUUGGCGAAGUAUCACCCAGAGCUCAACGCCAUCGAGCGGUACUGGGGAUACGUCAAGCACCUCCUUCGCCUCUCCUGCGAGUACUCUCUCCCGCAUAUGCUUGAGAUUCUGCCAGGCGCCUUGAGUGGCGUCCCGCUGGGGUUUGUUCGCGGGUGGAGCAGGGUGACGUGGCUGUAUCUCGAGGCCUACGACGAGGGAUUGGUGGACUACCUCGAGGUCCGCGACCUCAAGAACUGGUUGAGCCGCCGUUCCCCCACGGGGAGGGGUGACUCCGUGGUUCUGGCGAGGGCAGGGGCAGGGAAGACGGAGGAGGAGAAGAAGAAAGCAGAGGAGAAGGCGCUAGCAGCCGCGCAGGAGCUGCGUACUGAGUCGAUUAAGAGGGCGAAAAAGAAUUUCAAAUCGUUCAAGCAGAAAAGGGCGCUGCUCUCACUGUGCGAAAAGCGCGAGCAGCGCCCGCGGUCGCGGUCGCCUUUAACUUUGAAGGAAGCGUUCAGGUUGUUGGUGAGAUUCCUAGGAAAAUAAGCUGUCCGAAACGCGCAAGCGUGGACGGAGGUGUGUGUCGUGGUGUUUGUGUUUUUGUGUUUGUGGUGUUCACUUUAAGUAUAAUCAUUUUUGUGUGUUUGUGUCGUGGUGUUCGCUUUUGUAAAUCGUGUCCUGUGAGACGAGGGUUACCCGUUCAGAGCGUGUUUGGGCUCAUAGGACAUUUACAGUGUGAUUUGGGGGUUCCGGGAAGAGGUUAGGGGGCCCCGUGGGG